CUGUGCGUCUGUAAUCUUCAUUGUUUCGUUAUCGGCCAAACAAGCCUGAUCAAGUCGCACAGUCAACGGGUAUAACAAAAAAAAAAAAAAAAAGUCAAAAUUCAGAGAUAAAUAAAAUAAAACAAAAAGUAAAUUGUGUGAUAAACAAAAGUUUAAUUAUUAUUCCUGAAAUAUGGAAGCAUUUUCGUCACUUUUUUCGGAAGAUUUCUUAUUAGAAAAACUAAUAGAACAGUUGUAUUUCAAUGAAUCAGAUCCGUCUGUUCGAUUUCUUAUGGGAUUAUUUAAUGAUUUAAAUAAAAAUAAUGAUUCAAUAAAAAAUGAAGAUAAAUCUAUUGAAGAAUUCACAAAAGGAAAACAGGCGCUGAAUAAAAAUCACAAUAAAGAAGCUCUGUCUUUGUUUAACAAGGCACUAAUCACAGCACCUGGUUCUUCGAAACAUAUUGUCUCAUUUUACACACAACGUUCAAUAGCAUUGCAAAAAUUAAAAGCUUAUUCAGAAUCAUUAAAUGAUAUAGAGAGGGCUUUAAAAUUGUCAAAAACUGAAGAAGAAAAAUUGGAAUUGCAAAAGAGAAAAAAAAUAAUAAAUUCAUUAAUUUUGUCAAGUGAUUUAAAAAAUUUGAAUGUCACAGAAAAAUUAUUUAAUGAAAAUAAUGAAGAAAUUUCCUAUGGUGAAAGUGAUGAAUUAAUUGGUGUUUCGAGUGCAAUUUCAUUAAAAUUUAAUGAAAAAUAUGGUAGACAUUAUAUUGCAAAUCAAGAAAUUAAAGUUGGCGAUGUUUUAAUGUUACAAAAACCAUUUGUACACACUCUAAUACCAGAAAGACUCAGCGAAAUAUUUGGUACGGCUGAACAAUUGUUUUGUGAUUAUUGUCUCAAAUUAAUUUUAAAUCCAAUUCCAUGUGAAAAUUGCACUUCAGUUAUUUAUUGCACAGACGAAUGUAAAUUAAAAAGUUUUCAAAAAUUACAUGACAUUGAAUGUCAAGUUUCACGAAAAUAUCCUUCAAAUGGAAGAAGUUUGGCUUUACGAUCAUUGAUAUUAGCGACGGAUAAAGGAAAAAAUUUUCAUGAAAUUUACAAUAUUAUGAAGAAAAUCGAAAAUUGUAAAGAUAGAACAAGUGGUUUCCAUAAUGGAAAAUUAGAUGGCAGUAAAGCCGAAGCAAUAUUGAGUUUAUUAACUCAUACUGAUAAGAGAAUGGAUAGAAUGCAUUAUUUCAAUGUGGCUCUUGUUGUUAAUGUUCUAAGAAAAAAUACCGAUUUUUUAAAAGGACAUGCAACUCAUGAAAAUACUGUAAAAAUUGGAAAUAUGCUUUUAAAAUUCAGCUAUAUUUGUCAGAUGAAUGUCUAUGGAAUACAGGGAAAAAAUUCACGAUCAAGAAUUGCACUUGCAAUUUAUCCGGUCUUCAAUUAUUUAAAUAAUUCAUGUGCAAACAAUGCACUAUGGUAUGACAAGAAGAAUGAAAAAAUAUUGCGAGCUUGUAAAAAUAUUCAAAAAGGAGAACAAGUUUGUGUAUCAUAUAUGACACAUGAAGUAGUAAACAAAACAGCAGAAGAAAGAAAGACUUUCUUUAGAACAGCAAAGUUUUUUAAUUGUGAAUGUGAAGCUUGCAAAAUGAAUUAUAAUUUUAAAUGUGAAUUAAAAACACGUUUGAAAAUUCCAAGACAAUUAAAAACGAAAUUAAUUAAUAAGCCAAACGAUACAAAAAGUCUAUGGGAAUUGUUAAAACUUGUGGUUAACGAAUAUAAAGGACCAUGUUUAGAAGGAAAACGAAUUGAAUUUGCAAUCGUUAAUGCCCAUUUGGGAUCCAGUAAUGAGGAGGUUCCUCAAAUUUUAAGAUUAUUACGACUUUUAUAAGGAACUGGCGAGAUUGAAAAAUAUUUUUUAUUAUAUAUUUUAAUUCUAUUUUUAUAUUAAUAUAAUGUUAGAAUAAUAAUGUUUAAAAAUGUUUAAAAUUGUUUAAAGAAAUGUUACAUUCGCUUAAUGUAUACGAGUAUUAUAUUAAGUAUUAAUAUUUUUUUUUUCUAAGAAAACGUAACAUUACAAAAACUAUUUUGACAAAGUUAAUUCCUAUCUUUUAAUGUAAAAAAAGCCGUACUUAAAAUAAUGUUUAACAUUAGAGAAAGAGAGUAUGCAAUUCAACGAGAACAAUGAAGCUUUAAAAGUGUUUACGAUUAUGUUUUAUAUCUUGCGCUUUAGCUCUUCAAACAUGAGUAUAUACUUUAUUUUGUUUGUGGUCUUAAAACUUAAAUACCGUAAAAUAUAAAUAUAUAUAUAUAUGUUUAACCAUUCAACGAAUUUGAACAAUAAAAAAAAUAUUAUUUUUAAA